AUGAACCAGCUUAAACGUUUAGGAAGCGUCGGGGGCUACGGUCUUGGACUUCUAGGGGGUCUUGGCUUGACUGCUUUUGGGAUUCAGCAGUCAUUGUUUACGGGUUUGACUUAUUGUUCACUGUUACACAGGUUUAGUCGAUGGUGGUCAUAGAGGUAUUAUGUUUAGUCGGAUCGGAGGUGUGAAACCGGACAUUUACCCCGAAGGUCUUCAUUUUAGGUACCUCUUUAUUCCGUCGUACUUAUUUUAUUUUACAGAAUCCCCUGGUUCCAGUAUCCUAUCAUUUAUGAUAUCCGGUCCAGGCCGCACAAGAUCACGUCGCCAACGGGGAGCAAAGGUCUGUUCAUAAUAGAUAUGCUUCCGGCUUUAAAUUCUGAAGCAUCCUUGCUUCGCAGAACGUAGACACUUGUUUUCAGCCAACUCAUAUCUUGACAUACUUUCCGAAAUAUUACGCGCAAAUCACCACCAUUCUAAUCAAACACGACAGCCGGUCACUUUUCGUAAUGCAGUCGCACAAGCCUUUCGGAAAGGCGCUACAUCACAGCCUAUAAGAUGGCAGAACUAAGGUGUACUGCUCUUGCCCACAUUACCUCGACGUAUUUUCUGUUUACUGUUACUCUUCGCGUUGUUAUCGUCUCAGUUCUGGGAGAGGGAGGGAUUAGCCAUCGCCUGAUGGCCCGGUACACGAACUUCCACGCAUAUUUUGCCCUCCAAAUAUACUGUUGCUGUUUGCUUGCGAAAGUUUGAUUUAGCUUCGAGCCGGCGCCGGCAGGACUUUUGCGUGAAGAUUCGCCCCGACAUGACAAUCCUGCGGCGAACCUGAGUUGUCAUAAUCUUGCAGUGUCUGCUGCGUAAACCUCAACUUGACUAAGCAUGUAGUAAGGUGUAGGUGGACUAUGGCAGCUAACUUGGCAUUUCAGCAUUUUUUAGAUCCCUCACCGUCUUGCUUUUCCUGCAUUCUAUUCGCUCUAACGUAUUCCUGUAGACGCCUUUUGUACGACUGAGCCAUUUCCUUUUUAGACCUGCAGACCAUUAAUCUGACACUUCGGGUACUAUCUCGUCCUGAGGUGUCAAAACUCCCGGAGAUUUACCGAACUCUCGGCACGGAUUACGAUGAUCGUGUCCUUCCCUCAAUUGUAAACGAGGUGCUUAAGGCUGUGGUCGCCAAAUUUAAUGCCAGUCAACUUAUCACUCAGCGUCAGCAGGUCUCUCUUCUGAUCCGUAAGCAGCUGGUUGACCGUGCUCGCGACUUCCACAUUGUUGUGGACGACGUCUCAAUAACUGAUUUGACCUUCUCCCAGGUCUACGCUGCAGCUGUCGAAGCAAAACAGGUACACUGGGGCUUUGUGUUGUUUUUUUCGUUUAGUUCUGCAACUGUCACCACCUUCCACCUCUGCCGUUUUUCCGUUUAUGACUGUAUUAUCUUGCGCUCGUUUCCCUUCCAAUCAUUUUUAUUAAACACAGAUUGCUCAACAAGAGGCACAAAGAGCUCAGUUCUUGGUCGAACGAGCGAAACAGGAGCGCCAACAGAAAAUUGUAAUGGCUGAUGGUGAAGCACAAGCAGCCAAACUGAUCGGUGACGCCUUACAAGCAAACCCCGGCUAUUUGAAGCUGAGGAAGAUAAAGGCCGCCGCCCAGAUUGCAAGGACUGUAAGUAGUUUUACUCGCUGCCUGUUUGUAUGUCUUUGCCUUUAGUUCAGCGUGUUAUUUUCCUGUCCGAUACUAAUGACUCAACUGCCUUUUGUGCGGUUCUACAGCUCGCGCAAUCAUCUAACCGCGUCUUCUUGAAUGCGAACACUCUGCUCUUGAAUCUGGCUGAUCCUCAGUUCGAUGCCAGUGCGGAAAAAGUCCUCAAAAAGAAGUAA